AAAUAUGUUACUGAAUUAUUUCUCUCGCAGAGAAAUCGGUCAUGGCUUCAGCCGAAAGUAUAAGAAUAGCUGGUAGGAGUGGUCUGAAGAAAACUGGAUCAUUUACUUAAAGGCGACUAAGCACUGAGCGCGGAUCCUGGAUGAGUUGCAAUAACAGCUCAGACCGCGAGCUGCGGACCGCGGACUCUAUGGGAACUCCCGCGGAGAAGCUGCUGCGUCUAAAACGCUCACUCACAUUUAUGAGGAGUAAAAGUGUGGAGAACUUCUUCCAGCGUUCUCAGAGUGAUGCUUAUCCACCAACAGAGCUGUUCCCUAGUGCCCUGCCUCCUUCCCCGCGGCUGUUUCCUGGGCCUGCACAUGGUAACGGCAGUGCCGUUUUACCCUCCCCCAGCAUCAGCUCUAGACCCGCUCCACUGGGUGUGCAGCCGCGACCGGUACAAACACACUUCUUCCUGGAGCAUGUGUUCCGUCGACCAACCAGCUGCAGUCUGUGCAAGCUCAUUAUUGCAGGCAACUCUAAACAGGGACUGCGCUGUAAAACAUGUAAGAUGGGAGCUCAUCUUUGGUGUGUCUCUGAAGCCUCAGAGAAACCAUGCCAAGGAAAGUCUGGCAUGUUCAAGAGGAACUUAAGCUCACCUGUACUGACCAAUGAUCGGUUAUAUGGUGUGAAGACGCAGGAGUCAAAAGCUCAGCUGGAUCCUGUGUAUGCUACACUCCGCUUUGGAACAUCUCUGGCCCACACCAGCCGAUCUAGCUUUGGCAGUUUUUGUGAAUCUCCGAGCCAAAGCCUGGAUGAAGAGGAGGGUCAGCAGAAGAAUGAAUGUGUGCCCACUGAGGAAGAGAAACUGACUGAAAACCAGGGGAAAGGAGCCCUCUCUGGGACAGACGUGGAAACAGCAGCCUUCGACGGGCUGGUGGUAAUUUGCCCCGAUCUAGAACAGCGAGUUCAGCGCAGCGUUAUUGAACUCAACCACAUACUCCAAGAGAGGAAGGUCCUUGCAG